AUGCCUAACUCGUCUGCGGAGUCCCAAAAUGGCGCCAGUUCCCCUACUCUCUCACGCUCGGCUAGCUUUAAUCACCUACCGGCACUGGAACCCACGGAAAGCCAAUUCGAUGUGAAGAGAACGCUCUCGGAGACGAAUUUACUCCAGUCUGCUGAAAGUGUGGUGAAACUGGAUCCACAUAGCUUUGUGACAGGUAAACAAGUUUUACGCCAAUCGUCUAUCCACCUAUCGAAAGGCAGACCAAAGAAGAAGGACUCACUCCCCAUUUCGUCUCACAAUAACACAGACGUUGAAGCACGUUCUGCUCCAAUUGCGUCCUCAUCAACUUCGAGAGAGACUCGGAACUCUUCGUCUGUAGAAAAGCCUUCGAAGUCCCGCUCAGUAUCAAGCACAAUUGCGACCUUUGCUCGUAAACCAUGGAAGUCGUCUAGCUCCCCGUCUCCUGCAGCAAUUAAAGAAGCUAAGGUCGAGGAUGCAAAAUCCAAUGCUGGGAGCGGCACAUCGUCGGAAAUGGCUUCUUUAGAAAAACCAGGGGACCAGCCUGCGCCGCCCACUAAGUUGGAGAAAUCUCGUCGAAAUAGCCUCCAAGUAAAAAACAAUCGGAAAUCGGGCACCUUUGGAAUCAAGCCGAAAAAGGAGGCUCCUACCGGGACACAAAAACGCCCUUCCCUUCAAUCACUGCGGGCGAAAGUUUCAUUGGAACGGCUCACUGGGUCUCCGGCUGGGUCAAAUGAUGAUAUUCCGCCUGUUCCUCAUAAACGGACUGUUCAAUUACCCCAACUCAAGAUAGAUGCACCUCGGAAAAAGGAUCAAUUGUGGUCUGUCUUUAGAGGGCUCGACACCGAUUAUCAAAAGUUCCACUCGAAGAAUAGUUCCCUCAAGGCCAAUGUCCUCCGCUCAUCAGUACUUCCAUUCAUCUCCCGCUAUGCGAACCACCCGUCCAAUCAGACGCUCCGGCCCGAAGACCUUGAUCGACGGACAACCAUAUUGAAUAAAUGGUGGACGGGACUCCUUGAAGUACUCAAUGGGAGGACUAGUCAAUCUUUAAGUGGAGUCGAUAGACCAGUCUUCCUAGAAGCCAUAAUUGGAAUCAUGUCACGACCAGAAUGGCGGAUUCCAACCUUGCAAAAUUCAUCGUUGCCUGUUACACCUACAGUAUCCAACAAUGGAGUCCUCGUCUCAAGAUCCAACACCUCCCUUGAGUCAGCGGGGACGGACUUUCUCAUCGACUCUAUACAUCACAACAUACGGAAUAUCUUUGCUCAAAACCUCCUGUCACAAAUCUCAUAUUGCGUUGAUAAAUUGUCAAUGAGGAAAACACCAGCUAGUCUUGUAACCUUCUCUGGCAAGACUUGCGCUUAUGCCUUCUUUUUCUGUCCCGGUAUUGCAGACGUUCUCGUGCGGCUGUGGGACACCACUCCAGAUACGCUUCGAAGGGUUCUAGGUGGGUUCGGUAUGGACAGCAGCUCAAAGGCCAGGGUUGAGACGUCCGAAUAUAUCUCCUCCUUCUUCCCCGCAACGCUUCGAGCGUUAAGCUUCACGUCUCAUGCCGGCCUUGUUCGCUGUCUGCGGCAGAAGACAUCCCCACCACUUGGCGCAACUCACGUUAAUUGGUCAGGCCCAUGGGUUUCUCGUUGGUCAGGACGAGACACUGAUCUUUUCUUCGUUUUUGCCAAGCAUUUUCACAUUCUAGUCGCCGGGUUUGUACCCGCUGCAUGUGAAAGGUCGAAGUAUGUCUUCGUCCCAGGGUUAAUUUCGGUUCACGCUCAGAUAUUGACUGUUUUGGAACACACUCUCAAUAAGCAGUCAACUUCUACGUCAAUUGAAAAUCUAUAUGCAGCAACCUCUACGACUUUUGAUGACUUUUUUGAUGGAGCGGAUGCUUCAGCCUCCGCGAUAUCCCUAGGCACUGCAAACUUGCUGCGCAUCAUGUCCGAGAACCGCCUGAUCCUCCUCUUGAAGGAUAUCGUGACUGAUCGCUCCCUCGAACCGUCUAUCAAGCAAAUGUUCAUGGAGGACUUCUGCGCUACUCUGAAGGUGGCCACGAAAAAAGUUUCCCUCUUUGAUCACAACGCAUGCUUUGUCCUUUUUGACUUUGUAGAGGAGCUUGUUUCGGUUAUCCCGCCAUACUACGAGUCGACCGGCCAACCAGAUUUGCUAGAAUGGGACUUUUGGCUAGAUGUCUGCAAGAAAAUGAUGGAAAGCUACAACUCGCUUACAGAAGUGAGAGUUUUUGCUUUCAUUUACUGUAUUUGGAAUGAGAUCAAUCGGACUCAAGAGAAGAAAGAAGCGUUGUGCUUGGGGAUUCUCUUGAACGAAACUUAUUUCUAUCGAUAUUUUAAUCACUGGAGUCCGAUGGUUCGCGCUUAUUUCCAGAGGUUGUUAUGCUGGCGGCUGGCACGAUAUGAGGGGAAACCAUCCGCACUAGAUAUACGUAUAUACAAUACCUUAUUAGACAGGCUUGGUGGUGUAUGGAACUAUUUUCUAUUCUGCAAGUCAAGGGCAGAGAGGGAAUUCCAGCCGCCACUAUCAACGGCACCUUGCAGCCCAGCACCAGGGCGUCGAAUACUUAUCAUCAGGAACGACUACCAUCCCACUUCCUCCCUCUUUGUCUGUUUGGACAAUAUCAUCCCGCCUUCUGCCAACCAGCUAUCAGCGUAUACAAGACACGGAGCAUUUCCAGACAUCGAGACAAAUAAUACUCGUUCCGAGUCACCUCCCCCAGCGGGGAAGAAAAGAUGGAAAUCACUUAAAACCAUAUUUGCCGGUUCCUCCAACGCGAAACCAGGGGAAGUAACUCCAACCAGAAAUAGUUCUGACGAGUUAGAGUGCGGCAUGAGGGACGAUAUAGCGAUUGGCGAUCAUGGGCUGUUCGAAAGCGAAAAUCAACUGUUCGCUGAGAAGAACCCUCCAAAGUACACCUUCCGAUUCUCCCUCCAGUGGAACGAUCGUUCCAGAUGGCCAAGCAAGGACAGACGCCUAUCCCCGCCGACUUUACCCCUCCCCGCACAAACCUUCAUCCAAUCCCUCCGAACCCAAUACGUAAAAGCCACCGACUCAGCGUCCGAAUCCGUCUCCAACUCUCUAUCCAGCACCAUUUCAGAUGACGGAUCGGACAGCGAGAGUGGCGAGAUGAACCACCAUAUCUCAAAAUCAACCUCAACCUCAACAACCACAACAACAACCACAGCCGUUGCAACACUAUCAGCAUCAGCAACUACUACAGCCCUUGCCAAUGAUGCAGACAUGUCUAUCCCAAAACCCUCUCUGACGCUCGUCACCUCGUUUGAAGAUAGCCACUUCUCCAGCGGAGAAGAGCACAGUCAUAAUCCCCUCGCAGCAAGCAAAUAUGCCGGCCGAGCCCUGGCGGAGUGGGCGCUGGUUGUUUGCGAGUGCGAUAAUUUCUUCACACGGAGACGGGACGAAGGGGUCCCCAGCGACGAUGCGGUUGAGAUCCCGAUAUUGGGAGUGGAGAACUUCCGCAAAUAA